AUGUACAGGAAUGUUGAGGUCCAAUUAGGACAAAUAGCAAAUGCGGUUAAUAAUCGCAAUCAAGGGGAUUUACCUAACAAGGCUGAGGUGAACCCAAGGGAGCAUGUGAAGGUUAUAACUCUCCGUAGUGGUAAGGAAGUAGGUGAGCUACCUAUAAUUGAAUGUGAGAGAAAAUGUGAAAGAAGAGAGAACAAGCAGUUGAGUGAGUUAAGAGAGGACGACAAGAAAAUCAAAGGGAAAGAAAAGUUGGAGGAAAAUACACAACAAAUGGGAGAUAAAACACCAAUUCCUCCACCGGUGCCAUUCCCUCAAAGAUUGAAGCUUUCGAGAAAUGACAAAGAAUUUGAGAAGUUUGUCAACAUUUUCAAACAAUUACAUAUUAAUAUUCCUUUUGUUGAUGCUACUUUGCAGAUUCUUUCAUAUGCAAAGUUUCUCAAGAAGAUAAUGACUAAGAAAAGGAAGUUAGUAGAUAGUGAGACAAUUGCAUUAACAGAAGAAUGUAGUGUCAUCCUACAAAAUAAAUUGCCACCAAAGUUGAAAGAUGCGGAGAGUUUCAUAGUUCCUUGCACUAUUGGUAAUGUAGAAUUCUCUAAAGCACUUUGUGACCUUGGUGCAAGUGUUUCAUUGAUUCCUUUAACUGUGGCUAGGCAAUUGGGGUUGAAAAAGUUAAAGCGUACUAACAUUUCCUUGCAAUUGGCUGACAGGUCUAUUAGACAUCCAAUGGGCAUAUUGAAGAAUGUGCUCAUUAAAGUGCAGAAAUUCAUUAUUCCUAUUGAUUUUGUUGUUUUAGACAUGGAGAAAGAUGUAAAUAUACCUAUUAUACUUGAAAUAAGUCAAGUUAAUCUUGAUAAUGAUUCUCUUGGACUUUGUCUUAAUGGUGUACGCUUACAAGAGGAACAAGUUGAAGAAAUGACUGAAUUUUUGCAAGCACAGGUUCCCUACAAAAGGAAAAAUGCAUAUGAGGAGUUAGGACUGAGCAAAGGGUUCCCUCCACUAUCAUGUGAGCAAGCACCACAGCUUGAGUUUAAGCCACUGCCUAAACACCUCAAAUAUGCAUUUCUUGGAGAAAAAGAUACAUUUUCAGUAAUUUUCAAUGCAGCACUAAAUGAGAAACAACUAGACAAGCUCUUACGUGUUUUGAGGAAGCAUUUAAAGGCUAUAGGAUGGACAAUUUCUGAUAUCAAGGGAAUUAGUCCAACUAUUUGUAUGCACCGGAUUUUAUUAGAAGAAAAUUCUAAGCCGGUGGUUGAAACUCAAAGAAGGUUAAAUCCAAACAUGAAAGAAGUGAGAUGUGAAGAAACAAACCUUGUACUCAAUUGGGAAAAAUGUGACUUCAUGGUUUAUGAGGGUAUUGUGCUAGGCCAUAAAUUUUCUUCAGAAGGUAUUGAGGUAGAUCAAGCCAAGAUAGAGGUUAUUGAGAGAAUGCCUCCACCUAUCAAUGUGAAAGGCAUUCGCAACUUUCUUGGACACGUUGAAAAAGGAACUUGUCUCCGCACCUAUAAUAGCAUCACCGGACUGGAGCUUACCAUUCGAAUUGAUGUGUGA